AUGACGAACAUCAAUCUUCCAACAAUGAUCCCCUUUACUGUUUUUCUGCUCUUCAUUACUACUCAUAUGGUCACAUCUCAAUGGUAUUUAGAUUCUUUGGAUGACGUUGAACUUCUGUUUUUAGAUUUUGAUGAUACAACUACGACAAGACCGCAUAACUGUAAAGAGAGAGAGGGAACCUCUUUUACAUUGGUAACAGACAAUAUAAAUCCAUGGAAUUAUGCAUAUUCCAUCGAAAACUUGGUCAAUCGUCUUUCAGAAAAAUUUCCUUGUGUUCAACGGCAGUAUACCUUAAUCAAGGUUAACUAUUCAGACAUUUUUGAAAGUGUUACAAAGAGAAAAGAGGAAUUUUUGAGGACCAUACAUGACUAUAACUUUUGGAACUAUUACAACAUCUUUUUAGACUACUAUCUUAGUGAUGAGGAUGCCUAUAAGUCUCAGUUCUGCAACCAUUCUAUUUUGCAUGGACUCAAGAGAGCGCUUGAGAGUUCACCAUCUGAAAGUUUUAUUCUGACCUUAAGCAGCGGCUCCGUUAUUGACCAUAAUAAUACUGAAAUCUUAGCAGAGAUUUACCAUCUGCUCAAUGAAAAGAAAUCUCAGGUUUUCUUCAUAAGCUAUGACUAUUGCGCUUCAGAAUCACAAGAAGAUGUUUUACGUGACAUUGCAACACAGAGUUUUGGAUACUAUUCAAUGAUUAAUAUCUACAGUCUACAGAAAGCUUUCUAUGGGUUGGAAUUAUUUCUUCUUAAACCUUUGAAUUCUUCAGUGUGCAUCUUAAAUGCGAACCUAGGAGCAUUUAGUCAGUACACAGAGAAGUUCAAUGUUGUAUCAUCCUCAACCUUUCUAAUGAUUAUUACAAAUGGAAACGGAACCUUCAACUUUACUGAUCCUGACGUUGUGAAAGGCAAAGAGAGGAGGUUAGAGAUAGAAGCAGAUGGGGAGAUGGGGUUGUUUGUGGAGAUAUUGAAGUCUCCCAAGAUAAGGGUUGGUAAUUCUGAAGACAGGAUGUGUGGCAGCCAAAGUGACCCUGGAACUGGGUGGGAAAGCCAGGGGGAUGGAAACAGUCCAGUUUUUGAGAGAAAACUUUCACACAUCACUGGAAACACCUACCUAGUGAGAUUUCCAAUUUCUGGUACAUGGGAAUUAGACAUGACUUGUUCUGAGUUUUGCUCCAUAAGGAUAUGGGAAUUCGCAGAUAUGAAAUCACGAGGAAAUUGUUCAAAGUCUGAUUGUGAUCCAUAUGCCUCCUGUGAAGAGCUUGGAGGUUUUCACGAGUGCACAUGUAGCGCUGGAUUCCAAGGCGAUGGGUUGAACUGUCAUGAUAUAGAUGAGUGUGGCGAUUACUUUCUGAGUAACUGUGAUGGUUAUUGUACAAAUACUAUUGGGUCCUUCAACUGUUCCUGCUUCCCGGGGCUUGAAUAUGUGGAAAAUGAAGGUUGUAUUGAUAUCAAUGAAUGUCUAAACCACGACUGUCAUCCUUUCGCUACUUGUACAAAUUAUUAUGGCUUCUACACUUGUACUUGCCUUGGUGGAUAUAAUGGAGAUGGAAAGCAUUGUGAGUUGGAGUGCCAAAAAGGGACAAUGUGCAAUUCUAAUACACAUUGUAAUGUAUCUCUUGAGCAAACUGGGUGUUGGGAUCCAUGUCACAACUACAGUAGAGUUGAUGAGCAAUGGCGGCUUUCUACCACCAAUUUUACUAAUUCUUUCUGGUUUUUAUGUGACUACGGAAUGUAUGGUUGGUAUAGAUUUAAAGGAAGAACGGAACUGAGAAUUCCAGAACUUUGCCUAGAAGAAUUCAGUUGUGGGACACAAAGCCCAUUGUGGAUAAAUGGUACCCAUCCCAAAAUAGAAGAUGGAACAGUGAACGCUACUGUUUGCGCAUCAUGGGGUGGAGAUUGCUGUACCUGGACCCACCCGAUUAGCAUAAGGGCUUGUCCAGGUGGAUACUAUGUAUACAAAAUCCAGAAAACACCAUUUUGUAGUUCAGCCUACUGCACAGAGCCUCUUAUGCAGAACCCAAACUGCUCCUCCAUGUACUGUGCAGCAGAUGAAGAAUGCAUAACUUUGGAAGGAAAAUCAGAGUGUCAAUGCAGGCAUAACUAUCAUUCAGUAAAUGCAUAUACCCUUUAUCCAAAUUUAGUUUGUGAAUCUAGCCGAAUCAAAUUGUCAUAUAGUAAAUGUAUGUUGGAAAGCAUGGGCUACGAUACAGCAAUAUACCUUAAAGACAGAAGAUGCACAGGGUUUAUUGAAAGAGGAGAAAAAAGUUAUGUUGGACUUGAAAUGUUGCCAAAAAGUGGAGAUUGUGGUGCAGAGCUUAAGGUAAAUAAAACCCACUUGACGUAUGUCAAUUCCGUGUAUCUGUUCCAAAAAUUUGAUGACACUAUCCAAAGAGGUCACGCUAUAGUGAACUUUUCCUGUUCUUAUCCCCUAAACAUGGAAGUCAGUCUUUGGACAGCAAUAAAUCCAUUUGUCAGCUCAGUUACUCUUCCGAUUCAAGGAACCGGAUUGUACGCUGCAGAGAUGGCUCUGUAUCAAGACGCUAGCUUUUCAAGACCAUUUGAAGGCUCAGAUGUUUGGUUGAGUACAGACUCCAUGUUGUAUGUAGGAGUAAUUGUGGAGGAAAUUCAAGAAUUCAACUUUGUCCUGCUCAUGAAAAACUGCUAUGCCACCCCUACAUCUGACAGCGGGCAUCCCGUCAAAUACUAUAUGAUUAAAGACAGCUGCCCCAACCGCAAUGAUCCCAACAUAUCUGUGCAAGAAAACGGUAUCUCUCUUCAUGGGCGGUUUUCCAUUCAAGUUUUUACGUUUCUCAGAAACUAUAAUCAAGUUUACUUACACUGCCAAAUCAAACUAUGCGACACUUCAACCGGAAGCUGCCUACCCAAAUGCUCUGGGAUGAGGUCAGCCAACCUGGACAAUGAAGGAGAAGCGACUAUGACUCUGGGUCCAAUUCAUCAUAGAGUACAAACCCUAGUUCAAGAACCAGUACCAAUACCAGUGCCAGUACCUCUGUCUUCAGGCACAGGAGUUACUACAUCUCUCAUCCUUUUGAUACUUGCCUUCUGCUUGAACCUGAUGGCUUAUAAAUGA